AGGAAGCAGUACAGGAAACCCGGGCCUGUGCGGAGAAUUCUGGGAGUUAUUGUGUGAAGCGUGACAUCUUGGGAAAUGCAGUUCGCUUCCAGAGGCUUUUUUCGGGCGGAGCUGCCCGGGGAUUGGACACGGUUACCGGGAAGUGCGGCUUCCGUCGCCCCUCGCCAGGGUCGCUUUUUGUCGCCCUUUCCUUGCCACAGAGGGUCGUCGCUGGCCCGCGUGGAUGGCAGCGAGCGCGACGAAGCGGGAGGAAGCCGUAGUUACAGCAGAUAAGGGACGCUGACGUUGGCGAGGGCGGGGUUCUGCCAUCGUUAUCCUCUGCUAACUGAAGAUUUAUCCACAGAGGUUCAAUACCUGCCUCAAUCUCCGGGCUACUAAGUGUCCUAGGCGAGAUUGGAACCCAGGCCCGCCAGCAUCCACUGAAGUCCCUUCCUUGCCAUUUCUGCCCGCUCCACUUCUGCGGUGAAAUAAUAGUGACUACCAGAAGGCUCGCAAAGUGCUUUACGAAGAUUAUCUCGUGCGAUGGUCACAACAGCCCUGGAAAGUGGAGUGGUGGUGUUUAGUCGUGUCCCACCCCGACCCUCAGUGACUGCUUUUGGAUUUUCCUUGGCAGAUCCUUCAGUGGUUUGCCAUUUCCUUCUCCAGCUCAUUUUACACAUGAGGAAACUGAGGCAAACAGUUAAAUUGCUUCUUUGGGUUCACAUAGAUGCUUUGUUGGAAGAAUUGGAGCGUUCUUCCCUAGGGGAAAGCAAUGAGGAUCCCGAACCUGUCCUGCAGCCCAGCAAAGAUGGGAAGAUGGCCGAGACAGCCAAGGCCCAGCCAGCCCCAGACGACAAACAGCCCAUGCCAGCACAGCUGAUAUAUACUACAAAGAUUGAAGAGGCCAAUGUCUACAGUGAUAUUCAGGAGCCAGAGGCCAGGCUGCAGCCUCAGGCCACUUCAGCCGCAGCACAACUAGAUGAGCUCAUGGCUCACCUGUGUCAGAUGCAGGCCAAGGUCAUGGCGAAGUCUGAUGGCUCCAAGGAGCCAGUGCCAAAGAAGAAAGAUUCCAGUGCCUCUUUGGACACUAUGCUUGGGGGAUUGCAACAGGACUUGCAAGACCUUGGCAUUGCCACCAUCCCCAAGGGUCACUGCGCUUCCUGCCAAAAACCCAUUGCUGGAAAGGUGAUCACAGCUCUAGGGAAGACCUGGCAUCCAGAACAUUUUGUCUGUACUCAUUGCAAAAAGGAAAUCGGCUGCAGCAGCCCCUUCUUUGAGCGCAGUGGCUUCGCUUACUGCUCGAAGGACUACCACCAACUUUUUUCCCCGAGGUGCGCAUACUGUGCUGCCCCCAUUCUUGAUAAGGUGCUGACAGCAAUGGACCAAACCUGGCACCCAGAGCACUUCUUCUGCUUCCAUUGUGGGGAGGUGUUCAGUGAGGAAGGAUUCCAUGAAAAGGACAAGAAGCCGUACUGCCGGAAAGAUUUCUUAGCCAUGUUUGCGCCCAGGUGUGGAGGCUGCAACCGUCCCGUGUUGGAGAAUUACCUGUCUGCCAUGGACGCCGUCUGGCACCCUGAGUGCUUCGUGUGUGGGGACUGUUUCCAGCCUUUCUCCACAGCCUCCUUCUUUGAGCUGAACGGGCAGCCUUUCUGCGAGCUGCACUACCAUCAGCGGCGAGGAACCAUCUGCCACGGGUGUGAGCAGCCCAUCACUGGCCGCUGUAUCAGCGCUAUGGGGCACAAGUUUCACCCGGAGCAUUUUGUGUGCGCGUUCUGCCUGACACAGCUGUCCAAGGGCAUUUUCCGAGAACAGAAUGACAAGGCCUAUUGUCAACCAUGCUUUACUAGGCUCUUCCCUCUCUAACUCCAACCUACUCCGUGGGACCCCCUGAUGCCAGCCAGGGCUAGAGAGGAGAAGGGGCUGUGAAACAGCCUCUCAGCAUCCUCUUCAGAUCAUCUCAGCAGGCUGGUAGGGAGGGCCAGGGGAGUCAGGAGACUCUUCUCCACAUGGCAGGUGCAUUUAGUUUUCAAGAUUACCCAUGUGGGCUGGACUAAGUCAGGCAAUGCUGAGCCUUUUCUAUGCUUUCUCAUCCUCGUAGAAGGUAACCAGACCCUAAAAGGGCCAGUUACUCUGAACUUCUUCCUUACUAAAAACCUGAAUUUAGAGCUCAGUUCUGUUGCUCUCUGUGUACUUAUUACGUGCCUACACACACACACACACACACACACACACACACACACACACACACAUGCACAAACAUGUAUACACACACUGCUGCUCACCAUAAGCCUGCUUUUUCUCAUUUACCUUACUUUCUUUUAUAUUGCUACUGGGGUUGCUGGAAUUCUUGUACAUACUCAAAAGACUGUGGAAGCUUAAAAUUCAAACAUUGUAGUUUUUUGGGGGGAAAUAUUUUUUAACUACAUGCUUUUGAGUACUGGUCUCAUUGAGAAAUAAAAUAGUUAUGACUCUUUUUUAAUACCCAAUUACAUUCCCUCCUCCCCCCACUCCCUCUGUUUCAUAUAGUAUAAAAUAAAGGAAGAAAAAGGGAGUAACACAUUUUUUUUUUUGCAUGGCAGGAAAGUCCUUUAAAGAUGAGAAUAAAGGAAAAAGUCUACACUAGAUAAGUUUGGAGAUAGGCGGUCAUUUGGGGCCCUAUUUUAGACACAUCUGCUAUACUGCAUGACUAUCUACAAAGUAUUGUGACUCAAUCUGAAAAUUUCCUUUGGCCAUUUAAUCAAUCAACCAACCAGCCUGUUGGGUUGCUAAGGAUACAAUGACUAGGAGUAAGUAUCUGCCCUCAAGCAGUUUACAAAUGCGAUGGGGAGGGGAGUGAUUAGAAUAUUCACAGGUAAGUAAAUUCAGGACAUAGGCAAGUAAAUGAAUUCUGGGGGUUCAGGGGCACUUGUGAAUCUGCUACAAAGUACACUAUUAUUAUGGCCCUUACCUAAUUCCAUCCCUAUGUUGUGCAGUGGUCAUGAGUCAUCUGGAAAGCCUCCAAUUUUCCAGAAGCUGCUGACCCUCUUAUGAAGAAAGGUAUUUAGAAUGGGAUUGAUAGACUUGUAAAUAUAGCAAAUAUAUACAUAAAGUGUCCCAAAAAUCUCAGUUCAGUUUUAAACCAUUGGACUUUUGAGGUACCCUGUCUAUGCACAUAUGGAUAUGUGGUUUUUUUCCCCUUUUCUUUUUACAUCUGAGUCCGUAAGUCCUGACUCUUUUGAAUUUACUUCAUUUUCAAAAACAAAGUAUGCUUCGUAGGACUCCCACUGAGCUCUGUGUGAGGUCUGUUAGAACUCGGGAAACUGGGAGGUGAGGUUUGUUUGAUUGCACUGUUCUCACAGUAGACUAAUUAGAGGAGCUUACAUUUCUGUAGUACUUUUGGGUUUCUGAAGCGUUUUACAGAUUUUAUCCCAUUUAAUUUUCACCACAUCCCUGUGAAGUGGGGCCUCUCGUUAGCCCUAUUUUACACAUGAAAAAAAC